AAAUGUUAAUGCGACUUGUGUCAGCCGUGUCAUUUCAAGCCACUUCAUAAAGCGCCUUGCGAAUACCCAGAACUUUGAGCAUGGCGCUUUCAAGUGUUUUCAUCUCUGUUGAACACACGAGAAGACGCUGUUGGACUCUGCCAUGCGAUGGAAAAAGCGUAGAUCAAUCUGGCGGAUGGCGCUUACACUUACGACCCUUACUUUGACAUGUUCUCUGUUCGCUUUUUACGGCAGUGUGCGGCUAAUCACUGAUACAAAUGAAGACAGUAGACCCAAUUUCCCUCUACCUUGGUAUAGACACGAGAACAAACACGUACAAAGCGAGGACGGGUUCUUAGAAGAAUUGCACGAAUCAGGACGUGUCUUACACGGGUACAACGACAAUAGGGAAACUAAGGAAACCCAAGUUGAUGGCAAACAUGCUCUACUCGGGUGCAGAGAGAUCCGUGCGAUCCGAGUGAUGGAAGAGCUAGGGCAUGGAUACACGAAGCGUGUCGAGAGAGGAAUAUUAGGAGGAACACAAUUUGCCGUAAAGAGCGUGCAACACAGCAGCAAAGACGUGCAGAGAUGCUUGCAUCGAAAUCAUACCACUGAGCACGAGUGUUUCAACUUAAUCAAACUAAAACUCGCAAAGGAGAUCCUAAUACUGAAGCAACUACAGCAAACAAACAUCAUCAAGCUUUUAGGAUUUUGUUGGCAAAACGAACUUAAUUCCGCUGACAUAAAACAGCGAGGACUCACGAUGGUCACGGAGCUUGGCGAACCUUUAGAAGUACUGCGCCUGCUCCAACUGCCGUGGCAGGAGCGGUUACGAGUUUGCCUGGGACUUCUCAGACUAAUAGCCUACAUGGAGCACUCUCCUCUCGGACCUCUUAUCAUCCGGGACUUUCGACACCAGCAGUUCGUAUUGGUUGACGGUGAAAUCAAGCUUUGUGAUGUUGACGACGUUGACAAUGAGCAGCGCGCAUGCGCAACAGAUGAGGACUGCGUAGUACGGACGGUGCAUGGAAACAGAACUCUAACGUGUGGUUCAGACAGGACUUGCUUGGGGUAUAACCAGGCUGUAAAUAUCCUCAAUACAUGCCGCUAUUUCUUGGACCAUAUUCUGAUCCCUGAGGCGCCAGACGUGUUUAGGGAAGAGUUGCAAGCAAUUGUUAUAGGCGGGAAUUCGAUGCAACUUACUAGCGAGCAACUCCUUACUCGUCUACAAGGCGUCGUGGAUCGUGUACGCGAAGGGGAACACAUAAAAAUCGAUCCCCAAGCAAUCGCUAACUUCGAUGAAUUUCCUGAAAUGGAUUUCCCUGCACUACACGACUACUACUGCGAAUACUCGCGACAGGUCGGUGCGUGCCAGGUUGCCGUCGGGAGCCUGGAUCAAGCUAAAGAAAAAUGUGCGGAGGAUCCCCAAUGCCGGGCGUUUGUCGUCACUAGCGCUAGGACGUGGAUAGGUCACAUGAUAGUUUACAUGAAGGACGGCGCGUCAGGAAUGCGUUAUAAUAAAGAUACGGUGACAUUCGUCAAGAAGCUGAGACCUCAAGGCCACGAAGAUAGAAUACUAACUCGUUUCUUUAAGUUGACUUUUAACUAGUGAGUGGAAAUAGCAAGCGCAAACGUAAGAGCUUGCGACCCGCUUGUGUAAUCAGCGCUAAGGGGCAGCAAGCAGAGGAGGCGUGGAAUAUAAGCAAUCACACAACAUUAGUCCAAGACAUGUUGUUUCUAAUUUAUUAUAAAUUAUGAUUUUUAAUAAAAAUACAGUUAAUACGA